AUGAUGCAGUCGGGUAAUGAGUUGAUGAUGCUUCAAAGGGCUGUGAUCUUGGAUGAACAAAGCUAUGGUCGUUGGAAGGUCCGCAUGGUUCAGUUGAUCCGUAAUCUUGGUGAGGAUGCUUGGACGGCUGUUGAAGAAGGCUGGGAGCCUCCAUAUGAGAAAACCGAAGCUGGUGACAAUAUCACUAAACCUAAGGCACGCUGGACAGUGGAAGAAAAAAACUUGUCUAAAUACAAUGCUAGGGCUCUUAAUGUUAUCUUUGGUGCUAUUGAUGAUGAUGACUUUAAGCUUGUUCAAGGUUGUGAGUCAGCUAAAGAAGCUUGGGAUAUUCUGCAGAAGACUCAUGAAGGAAACUCAAGUGUCAAAAGAACAAGAUUGGAUCAGCUUGCUUCUCAAUUUGAAGUCCUAAGGAUGGAUCCAGAAGAGACAAUCUCUCAGUUCAGUGCUAAAAUGAGUUCUAUUGCCAAUGAAGCUAAGAAUCUUGGUAAAACAUACAAGAAUACCAAGUUGGUUAAAAAAUUAAUUAGGUGUCUGCCAUCUAAGUAUGCAGCACACAAAGCUGUCAUGAGAGUCUCUGGAAACACUGAUACUUUGAGAUUUGAAGAUCUGGUUGGUAUGUUGAAGUCAGAAGAGAUGGAGGUUGCUGAAGAACAGAGAAUUCAUGACAAAGGGAUUGCAUUCAAGGUAGAUGACACAAACGACCAGCUGAAAGAGAUAAAAGAUAACAUGUCCUUGAUGGCAAGAAACUUUGGAAAAGCUCUCAAGCGUGUUGAAAAAGGACAGGGACGAGAAUUAGCAUGCUGGAAUCGAAGUGCUACAGGGAGGUCUUGUUCUACGCCAAAUGUAUCUGAGAAAGAAAAAGCUAAUCGAAGAAAAGAGAUUCAAUGUCUUGAAUGUGGCGGUGUUGGUCAUUACAAACUUGAGUGUCCAAUGGUUAAGCGCAAGGAGAUGAAGGCUAAAAGUGAUGAUAUAGCUGAUGAAAGCUCAGAUGAUGAUGAUAAAGAAUCAAUUUCAAAAGAGAGCUACUGUAUUUUGUAUGACAAUUGGGUUCAGUUGUGUAAUGAAAAGCUGUUACUUGUCAAGGAAAAACUAAAAUUGGAAGCCAAGGUCAAUAUGCUAGAAGAAGAAUGUAAGUCUGAAGUUACAACUUGUAAGGAGCUACUUCCUGCUGAAAAGGAGUCGCUUGAGAGAAAGUUGAGAAAUCUUCAAGAACUCUAUGGUUUGGAGAAGGAAAGAUCAACAAGCCUUGAAAGGGAGCUGAAUGAGAAUCACAAGAAGAUUAGGAUGUUGAAUAAUGGUGGCAAGAAGCUUGAUGAGAUACUAUCUAUGGGAAUUGUAGGAUCUCAACAUCAAGGUCUGGGUUAUCAUAAAGAGGAGACUAUUGAGCUGUUGUCUCGUGAUAAAUCAGUAAGUUUCGUUAAGAGCAAUGUAAAUCAUGAAGCUGAGUCAAGUAUUCUGGAAAAAGUGGUACAACAGAAGGUUCUACAGAAUUAUGUUGCAGAACCACCUGUACAAGAAAAAGUGACAACUGAAUCAACAAGAUCCAAUAGAAAUGAUUGGAAUGAUGAAUCAUCAGGAGUCUUAGCUACAUCUAAACAGUUGCAAGGUCAUAAGAAUCAGUCUGCUGCAGUUGCAUUUGUUGAGCAAACCGUUCGUCAUGUUCAGCUGAAUUCUCAAGGAGUGCUGCAACAUUGUUUUGUUUCACAGGUUGAACCUAAGAACAUUAUAAAAGCUCUUGAGGAUUAUUUUUGGUACAAGGCAUGA